AUGCAGAUCUUCGUCAAGACCCUUACGGGCAAAACCAUCACCCUCGAGGUUGAGUCUUCGGACACCAUCGACAAUGUCAAGUCCAAGAUCCAGGACAAGGAGGGAAUUCCACCCGACCAACAGCGAUUGAUCUUCGCCGGAAAGCAACUCGAAGAUGGCCGCACCCUUUCCGACUACAACAUCCAAAAGGAGUCCACUCUUCACUUGGUGUUACGUCUCCGUGGUGGUGGCAAGAAGCGCAAGAAGAAGGUCUACAGCACCCCAAAGAAGAUCAAGCACAAGCGCAAGAAGACCAAGCUCGCUGUAUUGAAGUACUACAAGGUUGAUGGUGAUGGAAAGAUCGAGCGUCUCCGCAGAGAGUGCCCAACUCCAGACUGUGGUGCCGGUGUUUUCAUGGCUUCCAUGCACGACCGUCAAUACUGUGGUCGUUGCCACCUUACCUACAUCUUCGAUGAUGCCAACAAGUAA